GCAGAUAAAAAACAUGGAAGACUAUAUGGACUGGAAGAAUUCGUACCAAUAUAUGAGACAAACCCCAUUAAGAAUAACUUAAAUGGAAUGGGUUUUGACCACAAUUUUGGGCUUUGGUUUAUGGCUCGCUGGCUUAAACCAGAUUUGAUGAUUGAGAGUGGUGGUGCUUUCAAGGGGCACUCUACUUGGGUUCUGCGGAAGGCCAUGCCAAUUACUAGGAUUAUAUCACUCUCCUACGCACCCUGAGAAAUAUCUUAAGAAGGGACCUGCAUAUUUGAUAGAAACUGCACUUACCUCGAUGGGAAGGAUUUUGUUGAUUUUGGAAGCAUUGAUUGGGGAAGACUAUUGAGAAAUCAUGGCAUUUCUGAUUCUGAAAAGGUGCUCAUUUUCUUUGAUGACCACCAAAGUGAGUUGAAAAGGUUAAAGCAAGCGCUAAAGGCUGGAUUCAGGCAUCUCAUAUUUGAGGACAACUAUGAUACUGGUACAUGUGACCAUUAUUUCUUGAGGCAUAUCUAUGAUCCGUCAUAUAUCAGAGGUUUGUGGCUUGUCACCUUAGACUCUAAAUGUCCAUGGUACAACUGGUCCAUUGUGCAAUAGAUCCGUGAUCAAUCAUACAUCAGAUCUUCAUCUUCUUUUAAUUAAUUACAAUGAAUGUUUUUGUCAACAUUGACCAUAGAGUAACAUAAUUGUUUCCCCUUUGCUCAUCUUAUCUAAGAUCCCUAGAUUACCUGUGAUGGAGCAAAGUUUUUUUUUAUUAAUUUGUAGCAUUUUUUUGCCUAAAGAUUCCUUGUGAUAGAAGUAUAGUAUCUCUACUACUUAUCUCUACUAUCUCUUAAGCAUCUAUUGUAGGCGUCCACAUUGCCUACGGUUCUGCCGUUCUGCAUCCCGCCCGCCGCGCUCGUCUUCCCCACGCGCACGCCCACUUCCAUCCAUGGCCUUUCAUUCGUAAAACGUGCCUCCCCUAGGUGCCCCUUCCAUCCAUGGCGUCGCCGCGGUGAAAUCCUGUCCCCCAGAAACCGCGCCUCCCCCAGCAUUCCAUCCAUGGCGCACGCACCGCACCCUCCUCCCCCUCUGCACGCUGCCAUCAACACCUACAGUCGCGUCGCUCCACGGAUCCCCCACCCUCCUCCCCUCUGCUCCCCGCCAUCAACGCGCACUGCCUGCGUCGCAGAUCCGGAUGCCGUAGAUCCGGAUGCCGCGGAUCCGCCUAUCCACCAUAAAUGCGAUCUGUGGAUCCACGCGCGCCCACCCCCGCCACGCUUUCUCCGCGACACCUGCCUCUCCCUGCCGCGACAUGUGCCACAUGGACGUCGCGCUCACCCCCACGCGCUCCCCGUCCUGCAGCCCCCGCCGCGAGUUCCCCGUGACCCCUGCAUUUGCUUGCUGUGACAGGCGAUGCGCGGACGCCACACGCGCCCAGCUCGCCCACACCGUGCCAGCCGCUGCCACCCAUCAAAGCCGCCCCCAGCCGUGACGUGCGAUCGACGGCCGAAGCAGCCAAAUCUACCAGGCCGAUGACUGAAUCGACUGGCACAGCGACCAAAUCUACUGUCGGUGGGCAGCAGGCGAUCCCCUGGAGGCCGGAUCAGUGAUUGGGGACUUGGAGGCGUGGGCUGCUGCUGGGGUUUCGGUGGAGGCUGCCGGCGUGAAGCAUUAGCCACCGAGUGCUGCACGCCAACAGCCAACAGGGGGUACCGUGCAGGUGGGCAGAAGCAGCCAGCGACAACAGUAGGGCACAGGUAAAACGAUCCCCCACUUUAGAAAUUGCAAUCCCUAUUUUGAUCCUCGGAUGUGCGCCAUCCACCCCUGGUCCAUGGAUAUAUUUUCAAUGAAUUGGCUAUCCUAGCUACAAGAAGAAAUGGUAAGUUGAACUGAGUUAGAAGAUAACUGAUUUUUCAGCGUGGAUAAAUAUUGUUUCUAACCAAGCUUUCUAUCCUAUAUUUGCAUGCUCUUCAAAGGGAUUUAUAUGGACCUUCCAAAUACACUAGACAUUUGCAAGCAACCAAAGAUACUCUCAGAGAAGAAGGUUUGCCUUGCCUUGAAUACUUCUUGACUUAUACAGACAUUAUUGAGAAACAGACUAAUACAGACAUUGUUGAUCUUGCACUUGCAUGCCUCUAUGUAAUAGGCUAAACUAAGCAGCAUUGUACAGGAUACUGGUACUUUUGCACUUGCACUGUCUCUUCUUGCUAGGUAGAGUCCUACCCCAUAGUCUGGAACUAGAAGAAUUCUGAUUUUCCUUUUAGGAAUCAAUGUCUAUUUGAGCUUUGUUUGGUCAGAAAUGCAUUUGGAUUUUCUACAAAUUCCAGUUUUUCACAUUACCAUCUACUUGUUAUACGUUGUUAGUUGGAUUUUCAUCGAGACAUGGACAUAUCGAUGUCUAACAACUAAUGAAGCUAACGUACUUGGUAAACCCCUUCUGUCGUUACCUCACAUUCCCAGAUAGGAAAAUUUCUCCAUCUGAUGAUGACUGGGACAUGGCUGCAGCAAUUUUUCAGUGCUUGAAAAAGUUUUAUGAUCUUACCGAGUUGCUCUUUGGUACUUCGUUUCCAACUUCAAAUCAAUUUUUAUAGAGGGUUUUGUGAGAUAAAGGAUUUGCUAGAAAAUGGUGUGUUCAUGAAGUACGUACAUAACUGAUUGGCGACUGCUAAAGAAAAUCCCUAUAUGGCAUGUUUGUACUCUCUUCUCUAAAACUAAAAGUGAUCCGAGAGCAUGACAGAGUUUAGUAGAAGCUAAAGAAAAUUACUCCAUCUAUUUCACACAUAGCGUGCUUGCACAUAAUAGCGUCGUUUAGACGGUGUUCUAUAGUUGCCUAGCAUCUGAGCUCUUUAGUUUAUGUUUAUUUGGCCAUACUGUAAGAGUCUAUGUAUAUCAAGGUUACCACAUUAGAUGGCUUCAAGAAAGCUGUAACAGCACAGUUGAAAGGUUGCACCAAUAGUAGUUGUAGCUGAUUUAUCUUGGUUUUGCAUGAUUUAGGAAACUUGGCACACACAUAUAGGUAGUGUCGUAAUUGGUUUUGUAUGUAUUAACAAAUAUCAACUCCCAAAUGGCAUAAAGAAUAGGGAAAUGGGGACAUUAUAAAAAGCACCAUGCGUUGUCAAUAGGACGCACUAAAUUGGAUGUGUGAAUUAUGUUGGUUGAUGGUUCAAUCUCUCAAACUCUAUGCUUUGCAUGUUUGUGUCACUACAUAACAUGUUUUCUUUCAGGUUGUGAACACACAUCUGCAGAGAUAAAAAGGAGUGCCAUCAAUGGCAGCCACAGAUUGGGCAUGAAGUGUAUCCACUAUGAGAUCAAUGUGUUGCUUUUUCGUGUUUAAUAAUUUGAGUUAUAAUAUAUGGUUUGCUUCUAAUGUUUUUUAUUUAUUUUUUAUUUUGGCAAUGCAGGGGACAUAACUCCUCCAACAGGGAUUAGGCAGGCUAUGGAGAUGCAGGCUGAAGUAGAAAGGAGAAUAUGUGCCCAAGUCCUUGAAUCAGAAGGGAAGAAACAAGCCCAAAUCCUUGAAUUAGAAGGGAAGAAAACUGCCCAGAUCCUUUAAUCCGAAGGCGACGACUUCAUAACCCUUUUUAUCUUUUAGCUCAAUCAGGAGCUUCACGGUGCCAGUCGAGCAGCGGAGGAACCCGGCGCUCAGGGGACAGCCAACUGUCGUGGUGCAGUACAAUGGCUGGAAAGGCGGCGGCUUGAUUGCCGUCAGCUACGAGGCUCGUGGAUUUGGUGUGAAGAGGUCCAUGCACGGAGAUGAGGCCAAGAGGGUCUGUCCUGGUAUUAAUCUUGUUCAGGUCCCAGUGGCGCGUGGCAAGGCUAACCUUAAUCUUUACAGAAGUGCUGGUGCUGAGGUUGUUGUAAUCCUUGCAAGCAAAGGGAAGUGCGAGCGGGCAUCCAUCGACGAAGUUUAUCUUGACCUUACUGAUGCAGCAAAGGAAAUGCUCUUACAAGCUCCCCCAGAUUCACCAGAGGGGAUUUUUAUGGAGGCGACAAAGUCAAAUAUCUUGGGCCUUCCGGCUGAUGCCAGCGAGAAGGAAAAGAAUGUGAGGGCAUGGCUUUGUCAAUCAGAAGCUGAUUACCAGGACAAGUUACUGGCAUGUGGAGCUAUAAUUGUUGCACAGUUACGAGUCAGAGUUCUGGAGGAAACCCAAUUCACAUGCUCUGCUGGGAUUGCUCACAAUAAGAUGUUAGCUAAACUUGUCAGUGGAAUGUACAAGCCUGCUCAGCAAACAGUUGUCCCUUCUUCAUCAGUUCAAGACUUACUAGCAUCACUACCUGUGAAAAAGAUGAAACAACUUGGUGGUAAGCUUGGAAGUUCCUUGCAGGAUAAUCUUGGGGUUGAGACAAUUGGUGAUCUCCUAAGUUUUACAGAGGAAAAAUUACAAGAGCAGUAUGGAGUAAAUACUGGGUUUGACCAUAUAAUAUAUCUCCCUACUACUAUAUAAGCAUGGUGUGUAAUGGGUUUGGAAAAGGUUCUGGACGGACACAUGGUCAAAGUCUGCAAUGAUCAGUACAGUUUGACUGACAAAUAUACUGAUGGUUGGCUGUCUUCAGAUUGUAGAACAACUCUUUUUAAAUAAACACCUCAAGGAGUAAAGCUGACACCCAU